AUGGUGAAGGAUGGAAGGACAGCAGUGACGGAUGCAGGUACUGCGGUGGCCGCAUCACUCGUGAAGGCAGGGAAGGCGUAUGACAUCGUCCUGGCACUUCAGGAUGCGGCUAACGAAACAGACGUGACAGCGAAGGCAGCGAUGGCGGCGAUUAAAAAAAUUGACGGAGAGUCAUCCAAGGAUCCAAAAACAACGCUAAAGAAUGCGUGGAGAAACUCUACGGGGGCUCUAAGUCAUGCCAGGCCGAUUAUGUGGGCGUCCGAAGAUCUCAGAAAAGAUGGUAAGGCAACUAAGUUCGCUAAACAAGCGAUGGCUUUUAUCGAUGCGAAAUUGGAGGCUGCACUGCGGCCAACUGUGUCCUCCAGAACGGCCGCUGAAUCCGCACUGCAGAACGUCCUGAAUGAGCUCACGCAACUCCAAGAAGAGGCACGUCGGCUGGAUCAACGGGAGAAAGAAGAGCUGAAGAAAAAGGAAGAAGAACUCAGUCGUUUACAGCAAGCUGAAUCCCCCACUACUACCACUUCUGUUCCCUCACUCAAGAAAAGCGGUGUGGACGGCGAGAAGGUUCUUGCGCGACGUGCUGACAGUACCAGCAGCAAUGCUGCGUGGGUGGGUGCGCCGCUGAUGCUGCUGCUGGUCUGUGUGGCUGUGUGGUAA